AAGUCACUCUUUUUCGUCCUUGCGGUGGUUGGGAGGCCAACAUCAUUAAGGACUGGUUUUUGGCCAGGAUUUCAGGGAGGAUGUGUAUGGGCGAGUUUCUAGGAACCAACCUUUAAGGACCUCUUAAGUUUGAGGCAGUUUGUGGUACUGCUAAGAUGAAUAGUUUAUGUUUGCAGCACACGAUUAUGAUAACAUGGAAAAUAAUACUACGGACCAUGAUCAAGUGCCAUAAUAAAGGUCAAUAUCAGCUAUUACUGGUGCAUAGACGAAGCCCUUGGGAAAGAACCUGCCCCACAUCUUUCAGAACUGUUUUAUCCAAAAGGUUUCCUCUUACUCGACCCAGUCUUUGCAAGGAAUGGGAGGCUGCUGUCAGAAGAAAAAACUUUAAGCCCACCAAGUAUAGCAGUAUUUGUUCGGAACACUUUACUCCAGAUUGCUUUAAGAGGGAGUGCAACAACAAGUUACUGAAAGAGAAUGCUGUACCCACAAUAUUUCUUUGUACUGAACCGCAUGACAAGAAGGAAGAUCUUCUGGAGCCACAAGAACAGCUUCCCCCAUCUCCUUUAACACCCCCCAUUUCCCAGGUCGAUGCUGCUAUUGGGUUACUGAUGCCUCCUCUUCAGACCCCUGACAAUCUCUCGGUUUUCUGUGAUCACAACUACACUGUGGAGGAUACAAUGCACCAGAGAAAAAGGAUUCAUCAGCUAGAACAGCAAGUUGAAAAACUCAGAAAGAAGCUCAAGACUACACAGCAGCGAUGCAGAAGACAAGAACGACAGCUUGAAAAAUUAAAGGAGGUUGUACACUUCCAGAAAGAGAAAGACAUAACAGAGAGAGGUUAUGUGAUUCUGCCAGAUAACUACUUUGAAAUAGUUGAAGUACCAGCAUAGAAAAAAGGAAUUUGUAUUGGUUUUUAAUGGGGCAAUACCACACACCCUCUUCUAGCCUAUAAAGGAGUUUCAUCUGAAAAAAUAACACUUGAUUACUUGUAUAAAAACAAUUCAGAAUAUUUUUUAAAAAAUAAAUUAGAUAUAUACUGUAAAAUUGUUAAUGUUUUUGUUUGUAAUUUCAGGGUUUUUACAUUUUAACAAAAUAUUUUAAAAGUUAUAAACUAGCCUCAGAGCACCAGUGUAAGUUGGUUUCAAGGCUGAGGGUUUUUGUUUUCUAAUUUGAGUAUUUAUAGAAAUAAUGUAAAAAUAAAAAGGAAGAAUGAGAACAGUACAGUAAGGAUGAUUUAAGUUUAAAAUUUAAAAUUAGUUUAUUGAGAGAACUAAGUUAUAUUUUAAAUCAGAAGUAUGGGUUAGAUCAAACUUCUCAGAAUAUAUAUAACCUUAUUCGCACAUUCUUAUUUGUAAAGUCAAAUUCAUUUAUCUUUCUUAAUCACUUGUCAAAGGUAAUGUGGCAAGUCAACCCUUUAAAAAAGGAUAUGUUCAGAGCAGAAACUGUAGUCAUUUCAUACCUAAUUAAUAUGAUUAAAUAACUAUAUAAUGAAUGGAGUUUUAAAAAGUGGGCCCCUCUUUUUCCUCCCACCGUAACAAAGUAGGCAUUGUUAUCCAUGAAGUAAUAAAUAUGAGGGCCUCAUCUGUGGUAUGCUUUUUUCUCUUAUUACCCCUAAGUUCCCCACCUGAAGUUAUUUUUGCAUCCAAGUCUCUAACGAACAUGUUGUGUCAAUAGAGUUUGAUUUGUAUCAUGAUAUGGUAAUCUUGAACCUGACUAAUUGAUUUUGGUCAAGGCUUCACAUAAAAAUGUUUUUCUUCACUUUAAAAAAAUUUUUUUUAUCCUCACCUGAGGACAUUUUUUUCCCCCUUGCUUUUGGAGAGAGAGAAGAAGAGAGGGAGAGAAACAUCAAUUGGUGGCCUCACAUGUGCCCAGACCGGGAUCUUACACACCCAGGAUGGGGACCGGACCCACAACCUUUCAGUUACGGGACGACGCUCCAACAGACUGAGCCACAUUAGCCAGGGCAAUUUCUUUACUUUUAACACAAAUUAGAUAUUCAAUCCCAUUUUAUUUAAAUGAGUGAUUUGUAUUCAGAAACAGCCUAUAUGUACUGUUUAUUUUCCUGAAUGUUAAGAUUUAAACACUGAGGUUUCUGUUCAAACUGUGAAUUAUAUUCUGACUUUGUGAUAAAUUUUACAUAUAUUUGAAAUGAAAUGUGUUCUGAGUAAACAAAUACUGCCAUAGUACUUACCUACUUAGAUUUAGAGUAACUAUUUCAACUGUAAUUAUUUUAUAUCUCAAAGUAUGCUAAGAUAGUUGAGUAAUAAAUCUUUUAAGGCAGUAUUAAAGGUGUAAAACAAUGAUGUUCAGAAGCGUCUUUUGUAGACCUGCUUUUCAGUGUAAUUCACUGCCAUGCUGUGAACGGAUAGUACUUUGAUUCAUGGAGAUUUGGUUUUCGAUGAACCAGUAUUUCAAAAAUAGAAAAUUUUGAUUAGAAGAUUACUAGAUGCUAUGUAGAACUCACUCUAAUGAAUCAAAGGACUUUUUCCAGUUAUUCAUGGAUCUCAUCACGGUUUCUGGAAGUUGCAAACUCUCCAAGUAGUUUGUUUUUACAUUUCAUCUCUGUAGCAGUUCCUGGAAGGUAUGUGGGUAAUGUUUUGCCAAAGCAGAUACUUAUCUAACUUGUUACCUACACAAAGGAAAAUCUGUGUGUGCGCACGCACGUGCGUGUGCGUCCUCAGAACCAGCACUCCAACAACUGACCUGUAAAAGUGGUAAUAAUAAUUACUUUCAGCAUCUUAGCAUUAUGAUUCAACCUGAAGCUACUUCCUUUUCAUAAUAGACGUAAAUCCAUGUUUGGAGAGAACUGAGCAAGAACACAUACACCAACUGUUUGCAUAUAAACAAGUUAUCAUAGUUUAACGUAGGAAUUUUUAGGUUCAAGUACUUAUUUCUGAAUUUGAGAUGUAACAUUUGAAUGUUUUUAUAAUUCAUUUUGUCUAUUGUACUACUUAUGACAUUGUCAAGAAAAGGAGACAUUUUGACAACAGUAGGUCAUGUUCAAGCAUAAUGAAACUCAUUCAGAAAAAGGGACAAGGUCUCAAUCUGAAACAAAUCAGGAGAGGAUCCAUAUGAAGUGCAGCAUAUUCUGAACAUUUGUUUUAAACAUAUAUAGUAACGUAUAAAAUUUUCACCUAUGUGUGACAUAAUCUGUCAGUAAUAGUGAGAAGAAGUAUUGUUUAUUAAUUGAACUGCUAGGAAAACUAUAGAAUCAAAGAAUUUUAGAAUUAGAAGGAACUUAGAAAUCAUUGAACACUAGCCCAACUGCUAACCCUGAAGAAAUUUCCUUGUAUAGUAUCUUUGACAGUGGUCACCUGAACUCUGCCAUCUACACGUAAGCAGUUCUCAGAUUCUUUAAAAUGGGUUUCUGGGUUAGAAUGGAAUUAGUUGCCA